AUGUUCCUGGUUCCAGCCCAGCUAAAAACACACCUAAAAAUACACACUGGAGAUAAUCUGUAUUCCUGUACUGACUGUGGGAAGAGAUUCACAACACCAGGAGCUUUGGCAGUUCAUCAGAGAGUGCACACUGGAGGGAAGCCUUACUCCUGCUCUGACUGUGGAAAGAGUUUCUCUCGACUGGGCCACUUAAAAACACAUGAACGUAUACAUACAGGAGUGAAGCCUUACUCCUGCUCGGACUGUGGACAGAGUUUCUCUCGACUGGGCCACUUAAAAACACAUGAACGUAUACAUACAGGAGUGAAGCCUUACUCCUGCUCUGACUGUGGAAAGAGUUUCUCUCGACUGGGCCACUUAAAAACACAUGAACGUAUACAUACAGGAGUGAAGCCUUACUCCUGCUCUGACUGUGGAAAGAGUUUCUCUCGACUGGGCCACUUAAAAACACAUGAACGUAUACAUACAGGAGUGAAGCCUUACUCCUGCUCUGACUGUGGAAAGAGUUUCUCUCGACUGGGCCACUUAAAAAGACAUGAACGUAUACAUACAGGAGUGAAGCCUUACUGCUGCUCUGACUGUGUAAAAUGCUUCACAACAUCGGCUGAGCUACAAGUUCAUCAGAGAACACACACAGGAGAGAAGCCUUACUCCUGCUCUGACUGUGGAAGGAGUUUCUCUCUACCGAGCACAUUAAAAAGACAUGAACAUAUACAUACAGGAGUGAAGCCUUACUCCUGCUCUGAUUGUGGAAAGAGUUUCUCUCGACUGGGCCACUUAAAAAGACAUGAACAUAUACAUACAGGAGUGAAGCCUUACUGCUGCUCUGACUGUGUAAAAUGCUUCACAACACCAGCUGAGCUACAAGUUCAUCAGAGAACACACACAGGAGAGAAGCCUUACUCCUGCUCUGACUGUGGAAGGAGUUUCGCUCUACUGAGCACAUUAAAAAGACAUGAACGUAUACAUACCAGAGAGAAGUCUUGCCACUGA